AUGAGCAUCCAGACUCCACCCAGACUCCUGGAGCUGGUGGGGCGGAGCCUGCUGAGGGACCAGGCCUUGGCUGUCUGCACCCUGGAGAAGCUGCCCAUGGAACUUUUCCCCCCGCUGUUCAUGGAGGCCUUCAGCAGGAGACACUGUGAGGCCCUGAAGGUGAUGGUGCAGGCCUGGCCCUUCCCCCGCCUCCCUCUGGGGUCCCUGAUGAAGACGCCUUGCCUGGAGACCUUCCAAGCUGUGCUCGAUGGGCUUGAUGCACUGCUGACCCAGGGGGUUCGUCUCAGAAGAAAACUUCAAGUCCUGGAUUUACAGGAUGUCAGUGAGAACUUCUGGAUGGUGUGGUCUGAAGCCAUGGCCCGCGGGUACUUACCAAAUGCCACGAGGAGGAGGAAACCAGCUCGGGACUGUCCAGUGAUGAGAGGACAGCAGCGCUUGACUGUGUUCAUAGACCUUUGCCUCAAGAGCAGGACUCUAGAUGAAUGCCUCACCUGCCUCUUUCUGUGGGUCAAGCAGAGGGAAGGUUUACUACACGUGUGCUGUAAGAAGCUGAAAGUUUUGGGAACGCCCCUCCAUGAAAUCAAAAACAUCCUGAAUAUGGUGAACCCAGAGUGUAUCCAGGAGGCGGAAGUGAAUUGCAGGUGGCGACUGCCCGAUCUGGCAGAGUUUACCCCAUACCUGGGCCAGAUGAGGAAUCUUCAUAAGCUCACUCUCUCCCAUGUCGACCUCCCUCGCUACAUUUCCCCAGAGCAGAAGAAGGAGUCUGUUACCCAGUUCACCUCUCAGUUCCUCAAGCUGCACCACCUCCAAAAGCUGUAUAUGAACCGUGUUUCGUUCCUCGAAGGCCAUCUGGCCCAGCUGCUCAGCUGUCUGAAGGCCCCGUUAAAGACCCUCACAAUCACGAACUGUGUGCUUUCGGAAUCAGACUUGAGGCAUCUGUCCCAGUCCCCGAGCAUCAGUCAACUAACGACCCUGGACCUGAGUGGCAUCAGCCUGGCCAAUUUGAGUCUUGUGCCUCUCCAACUUCUGCUAGAAAAAGUGGCAGCCACCCUGGAGUACCUGGACUUAGAUGACUGUGGGAUCGAAGACUCCCAAGUCAACGCCGUCCUGCCUGCCCUGAGCCGCUGCUUUGAGCUCACCACCCUCAGCUUGUGUGGAAAUCCCAUCUCCAUGGCCACCCUGGAGAACGUGCUGUCCCACACAAUCAGACUGAACAACUUACGCUUGGAGCUGUAUCCUGCCCCACGGGAGAGUUAUGAUGCUUAUGGUGCUCUCUGCCGGAGGAGAUUUGCCCAACUUGGGGCUGAGCUGAUGGGGAGAGUGAAGGACUUGAGGCAGACCAAGAGGAUCUUGUUCUGUACUGCCUGCUGCCCUCGCUGCGGCCACAGGGCAUUUUAUGACCUGGAGGUAAAUCAGUGCAGCUGUUGA